UUAUGUAAUUGACAGCCUGCCGGCUCUUAAUCAGCGCUAAUCAUCCUCUUCUCUUCCCUCAUCGGACAAUCCACUUUUGCUAAAAGCAUCUCCCGCCUUUACGCCGACUGUAGAUGGAAAAGAGAUGAGGAUUCUCGACUCUGAUGAGGAGUCUAGGGUACAGAACGAAGUACCAUCCUCCAUCACUCCAAAGUUCGUUGAUCAAAUCGUCAAGGGCAUCAACAUCAAUGUCAAUGCCGACUUCCCCCUUUCCCGCUUUCAUCCCCCCAGUAUAUCCAUCAUAUAUCUAGGAACCUCCUCAUGCAACAUCGCCGAUCUUCAAAUUGGGGACACCAUUCACAAUCGGGCGGAUGAUCCAAGAUGUGGUGGAACUCAGAGGACUACAAAGGAUGAGAAGAGGUCAAUAAUGAUGUUAUACGCUCUCAAGCUGGUACCAUAACACAAUCCGAGAAAGACAACUGAUUGUCAAUUCCAUGUACCGGAGAAUUUUAGUCAAGCUUCAAUUUCAAAAUGUUCAGUAAAGGACAUGUUUA